AUGUCGUCCAUACGCACCACCGUCCACGAGUCCUUACCAUACAUCGACCCAGAGCCCACCCAAGCCGAGCGCGCAGCCGCCCAAGCCCUCAUCGACGCCGAGCUCUCCACCACCCCAUCCACAUCCCCAUCCCCAUCCACCCUCCCACCAGCAGUCGAAUCCCAAUUCAGCCCCCUAAUAACACAAGAACACGCCCGCAUCGCCUCCGGGCAAACCCCCUUAGCCGCCAUCGACCAGUCGCGGUACGAGACGCAAGAAGAAGACACCCCAACCUCAGCCACAGAUUUACAGAAAUCGCUCGCGCGUGCCUACACGGCCGACGCCUACCUGAGCGGGCGGCAGACGCACCUACAACUCCUAGAGCGGUUCGGCCGCAACGCGUGGCUGGUGGGCAACUGGCAGCUCGAGGCCGAGCUGGCGGCGCUGGAGCGCGAGCUCGAGGCCGCCCGGCGCGAGGUCGAUAUUGUUAAUAUUGCGCGCCGCCGCGUCCAGGACGAGGUCGGCGGCGAGCUGGCGGGGCUGGAGGGGGCGUGGCGGCGCAGCGUGGGCAGGGUGCUGGAGACGGAGGUCGCGACCGAGGGGAUGAGGCUGCAGGUGCUGGAGAGGCAGAGGGGUGCUGCUGCGUGA